AGCACUCAUCAGGAUAAGCACUGAGGCAGAAACAGUUGAUACCAGAUAUGUGCUUAUUGAGGACUACCUAAGAGAUGUGGAAAUUGUAUGAAGUCAUGACAUUCAGGUACCCAAGCGGAGUCCACUGGGUCAUCUCAAGAGUUACUGUGAGGCAGUUCUCCGAGGGAGUUCCUGCAGAAACUCAGCACAUCAUAAUCAGCCAGACCAGGAUCUGGGAGCUGGAGCUGACAGCAGCGACAGGCAGAAUUUUCCUAUGUCUCCUUGACACGGACCAGAGAAAACGAAGCUUUGUAAUCUUGAGCAAUGCCAUCUCCUUGUUGGAAUAUCAACGGUUGGAGGCAAUUACUGCUGUCCUUUUGAGCAAGCCCAUGCAAUUUGUCAGUUUCCCUUUUGAGGUGCCUGGGGACAAGCCAGACCAGGUUGCAAGAAAGAGAAUGUCUUUUCAGCUUCAGGAAGAAAGCAGUUGGGCUCUCCUGGGACCUCCAGAGCUACGUUAUGCUGGAGCACUCAUUUUGGCUAAACCUGUGGAUCAAUCACAAAGAGAAAGCCCAAGUGACCACCUGCCUGAACCCAGCUCUCAAACUAAGAAGCAAAGGAUAUCCCGAAAGUCUCUCUUUUCCAAGAUAUCAUGGAAGCUCAGACUCCGAAACCAGGAGCCCCUUAAGAAUGUGUUUUACCUUCUGGCAGAAAGGGCUCGGGAUACCAAUACCAAAAGACGUCACAUGGCAAUUAAAGGCUUAGGAAAUAUGGCUUGUGAAGCACCUGACAAGGUGAAAAAGUAUAAGAAAAUUUUGCUAGACUCACUGGUUCAUGGACUGUAUGACCCUGUGAGUUCUGAGAUCAUAUAUGAGAGUGUGAAGGCACUGACCAUUAUCCUGGGCAAGAUCAAAGGGAAAGGUUUGGGCUCCUUCUUCAUAGAUAUCACCCUUCAGACCAGGACUUUAUUAGAUGAUGAAAAUGACAGCCUGAGGUAUUCAGCAUUUAUCUUGUUUGGGCAACUGGCUGCCUUUGCUGGAUGGAAAUGGAAGAAAUUUUUCACCAGCCAGGUUAAAAGGACGAGGGACUCCCUCCUGGUCCACUUAAGGGAUGGAAAUCCCCAAGUUGCCACGGCCUGCAGAACAGCUUUUCAUGCUUGUUCCCCUUUCCUGAGCUUGAAGAAGGAGCACCUGGAAUAUACCAUCCAAGCCCAGGAAGAGCAAAGGAACCCCAAACUCUAUCGGCAGUUGAGCUACUACCAUCCAGAACUCCUGCAGUUCUUCUAUGCAAACAAAAUCCUAUAAACACAGAGCAUCGUGGAGGGGGGAUCUUAAUGAUCAGAUGUCCUGGAAUCUCAUCAUUUUACUCAUCUGAAUCCAUAUUCCAUUCACCACUACCUAUUGAGGUGAAAAAAAACCCCAGUGCUUGUUGGGAUAGCAGUUGGUUGUAAUUAUUUCCAUGGAUCACAGUAUGUAAGAAUUGCAUAAUUAAACCAAACUUGAUAUACCCGAAGACUUUCAAAUAGAACUUUAGAAUGCUGGAGUUGAAAGGGACUUUAGAAACUACCUAGACUAACCCAUGCAGUUUAUAUAAUAAAUCAUUUUGUCCUCAUGCAUUUUUAUUGCUAAUGUUAUUUCUAGGGUCUCAUACAAAUAAAUAUUUUAAAAUU